AUGUUGCAUCACGCGCAUGAAGAUUUCCAAGGUGGACAUCAAGGGAUCACCCGGACUCAUGAGAAGUUACGUACCGAAUUCUACUGGCCCGGCAUUUACGCGGACGUCCAACAUUUUGUGAAAGAAUGCGUGGACUGUGCCAGUGGAAAAGGAGCUCCCCCGAAUGCUGGGCCUUCGCCAGGAAACAUCGAACCACGGUAUCCUUUCGAGGCAGUUUCUAUGAAUUUCGUGACUCAUAUGCCCGAGUCAGCCAGUGGGAAUACGUUCCUCUUGUUGUUUCAAGACAUGUUUUCAGGUUAUGUGAUGUGUAAAUCCAUGUCGUCUACUACCGCUCAAGAUGUCGCUGAGGCUUAUGAGGAGCAAGUGUUUCAGAGAUUCGGGACGUCUUCCAUGAUACGACACGAUCGGCAUCCGCGGUUCAUGAGUGAAUUGUUCGCAAGGUUCCGAGAACGCUUAGGUAGGCGACAACGUGCUACACUCGGAUCACAGGCGAAUGAACAGCAGGAGAGAUCUGUACAAACGGUUAUUCGGAGUGUUCGAGCCUAUGUCGCCGAGAUGGAUCAAUCCGACUUGGAUGACCACGCUGAGCGACUGAUGUUCGCCCUGAAUGUCUCGUUCGACGCGACUAGACUGGACACCCUUUUCUAUUUGGUUCAUGGUUGGGAUGGCCGAAGUACGGUUUCGGCAAUGUUGGGACCAAAACCUUCGAGCCGUAGCGCCUAUGAGUGGCGACGGAAACUACAGCGUGAGUACAGCUACGCAUUCGCUUGCGCUGAGGAUCUCCAGAAGAAGGCCAAGAAAAUGCGCUCGGACGAACAAACCCGGAAGUGGUUGGAACUAUUAGAAAGCAAAGCUGGUUUUGAGAAGGGCGACUCCGUUUGGCUCUACAUCCCGAAAUACACAUGUGGCACGGGCCAUUCAGGAUCGAUGGAAUUCCGGGAUGACUUCCGUGUGAGACUGAAGGUGAAAGAUACAGGCUAUCGUGUUAACCCUUGGGUACACAUUAGCUGA